GGUCGUUUGAGAAAACAUAAUCUCUACUUCUCCCAACAACCCCUCCACUCUCUUCUUCUCUUAUUUUUGCCCUUAAAUUUUUUCCUACAAGCAAGCAGGUGGCCAUUUCAAAAGGUCAAGUUCUAUCCUCUCUCUCUCUCUCUCUCUCUCUCCUGUGCCUGUGCCUGUGCUUGAAGUCGCUUCUCAUCUCAUCGUACGGCGUAGUAAUCAGUUAAGUAAAGGAUGAAUUUGGUGUUGAAAUUACAUCGCCCUUCAUCAGCUGCUGCUGCUGCUGCUGCUGCCAUCUUCUGCUGCAUCUGCUUCCUCUUCUCUCUGUUUCCCCAACGUUCUAAUGCUCAAACUCCCACCACAGACCCAUCAGAAGCGAGAGCGCUGAACUCCCUACUCCAGCAGUGGGAUGCAGAGGCAGUGCCGCUGUGGAACAUAAGCGGGAACCCUUGCACCGGAUCUGCUGUCAACACAAGCAUGUUCGAGGACCCUUCUAAUAAUCCUGCCAUUGUCUGCGACUGCAGUGGCGCCACCUGCCAUAUCACCAAGCUGAGGGUGUAUGCUUUGAACAAAAGAGGAGAAAUUCCGGAAGUCAUCACAGCUUUGACUUCUCUCACAUUUUUAAAGAUUGACCAAAAUUACUUCUCUGGCCCUUUACCUGCAUUUAUUGCCAAUUUAUCUGCAUUGCAAUCUUUGUCAAUUGCCCACAAUGUAUUCUCUGGGCCCAUCCCCAAAGAACUCGGCAACCUUAAGCAAUUAACUCUACUCUUAACGGCCCAUCCGAGCCGGUCGAUCAUGUUUGCAUCUCUAUUGGCUCGUUCGAGCUGCCUAAACGGCUUGCUGAGCCGAUGUUCCUUUGUUAUCAACUCAUCAGAGCCAUUCUCAUAUUGUCCGAGCUGCGUUUGUCUUGUCAGAAGCAUUCUCGGCCCAUCCAAGCCACCUAACUGGCUUGCCGAGCCGAUGUUUCUCAAUUAUCGGCUCAUCCAUGCUGUUCCAUAUCAUCCAACCCGCGUUUGUCUCAUCCACAGCAUUCUCGACUCGUCUGAGCCGCCUAAUUGGCUUGCCGAGCCGUUGUUUACUUAA